AACAUUCCAAAUCGCAAUAUUCCGUCCAUGCAGGAUUCCACCGCCGAGACCGCGACGGACGGAUGGUCGUCAUCGCUCUCGACGAAAGAUGACCGUGGCGUCGAUGGACAAGCCACAGACAUCCCCACGGCGUUAAAUCCAUGGACGCUCUCUGUGGGAAGCAUGUACGUGUUGCCGUUCAUCGCCAGUCGAAGCAACGCUCGACAACAAGCCGCGCUUCGUGCGCACCUCCCUUCGGACGCCGACCGCGCUGACUUUACCGGUUCCGGGCCUGGCUUUGUCAUGCUCAUUCGAUACACCGACAGUCCCGUGGGUCCGUACGACGAGCUUCUUCUCGUGCCUGGCGCGUUCACUCCUCCAUCGUCGUCGACUCCCAUUGCAGUAGAACACCACAUUCAAGAAAGGUACCUUCAAGCGCACGGGUUGCUUGCAUCUCGGCGCGUAACUCGGAUCUAUGUAUCGUCCGAGGCGUCCCUUCGUAACGGCCGUCGGAACUGGGGUAUUCGCAAGGAACUGGCCGACUUUACAUGGACGCAGCAGCCGUCCCCGUCUACAUGGUCGUCGCUCACGAACGUGGUUGUGAAGGAUCGACUUAGUGGCGACGUGUUAUGCGACGUAACGUUAAAGUCCGUGAACACGUGGCGCGUUCCUGUGCGCAUGGACUGGUUGCAGGGACUCGCGCUGCCGCCGCUGGAGGAGCGUGUCAUCGACGACCAAGGACUUCCAUCUCCCGACAACGCGUGGGUCCAGACCGUGCUCGGCGGUACAUUGCGCAUGCAGCCAGCGUCGAUGGUCGUCACAGCCCCAUCAUUCACGACUGUCCACGAAGACAAGUUCCCCAACCUCCAUGAGCUCAACCUGUGGCCAGGGGUGCAUUGCAGCGGCAUCAUGACGUUCACAGCGACCAAGACCCAGACGUUUCCACCACCGAAACCCUGCAUGCCACGUGAUCGAUCGCAAUGAUCAAGAGCGCUGCCACCGCCGCCAUGCAGUUUAAAGACAUCGUAAUCAACCCAAGUUGCUUUCCAUCGAC